UAACACCAUUUUCCUGAUACCACAUGGAAUUUAAUUUUCUUGUUUUUUUAUUAAAAUAUUAGUUAUUAUCUAUUAAAUUCCAAUGGGAAGAAAAGCAAAGUUUACUGAGGGAGUGGUCGUUAAAAAAGGGCCUGGCAGAAAGUCAAAAAAACAGAAAGAUCCUACUUUUUCUAAAGCUUUAAUUGGUAACGACAAUCUUGACAAGAAAUUAAGUCACAGACAAAGGAAAAGAGCUACAAAGAGACUACAAAAAGCGCAAGUUAAACAGGAAAAGCAAAAGCUGAAAAAAUCUGAAACACAUGUUACCCAAAAUGGACAGGACGAUUCUGAAGAAUUAUCUUCUGAAUCGGAUAAUGAAGUUGUGCUAAAACCAAGUACAGUAGGGUUCUCAGAUGAUAAUAAACAAUGGUUGACCCCUAAACACACGUCCAAAAAGAUAGAAUUGGAAGAAGAAAGUGAUGAAGAGGAAGAAGAAAGUUGUAAUUCUGAACAAGAAAUUGUUGAAGAAUCUGAAGGUGAACAGGAAAGUGGAGAGUCUGAAGAAGAAGCAGAUAUAGCAGAUGAGGAUACAGAAGAAGAAGAAGAAGAAGAAGAAGAAGAUGUAGAUAUAGCAGAUGAGUAUGCAGAAGAAGAUGAAGAGCCUGAGGAAGAUAAUUUAAAAGUUGAAAAUCUUAAUGAUUUGUCUGGAGAUGAUGACUCUGAAGAAGGUGACGAAUUUUCAGGUGACUCUGAUGAUAAUAAAGAUGACGAGGAUUUACUUCCAAUUGAAAAACAGAGCAAGAAAUUGAGAAAACAACAAGAAAUAGAAGACAAAUUAGCUGAAGAAGAAUUGCAGCUCAACAUAGCGAACCAAGAAAAAUUCAUUUUCCCAGCCAAGGAUUCUGAAAAUGAUAUACAAAGUUUACAAGAUGUCCAACAGAGAAUGCGAGAAAUUGUGACUGUUCUUAGUGAUUUUAAAAAACUCAGAGAUGGAAAACACUCUCGAUCUGAAUACAUUGAUAUCCUUAAAAAUGAUCUAUGUACCUAUUACAGUUACAAUGAGUUUUUAAUGGAAAAAUUAAUGCAACUAUUUCCUCUCUCUGAAUUAUUGGAGUUUUUAGAGUCUAGUGAAGUACAGAGGCCUCUUACUAUAAGAACAAACAGUCUCAAAACUAGACGACGAGAUUUAGCACAAGUUCUAAUCAACCGAGGUGUUAAUUUGGAUCCUAUUGGAAAAUGGAGUAAGGUGGGGCUGGUAGUCUAUUCGUCUCAAGUACCCAUGGGAGCAACUCCUGAGUAUUUGGCUGGACAUUACAUAAUACAGGGUGCUUCAAGUAUGCUACCUGUGAUGGCCUUGGCUCCCCAAGAAAAUGAACGAAUUCUUGAUAUGUCUGCUGCUCCUGGUGGAAAAGCUUCACACAUAGCUGCAAUCAUGAAAAAUACAGGUGUUCUUUUUGCUAAUGACAUAAACAAAGACAGAAUCAAGGCAGUUGUUGGCAAUUUCCAUAGAAUGGGCAUUGUUAAUUCUGUCAUUACAUGCAUGGAUGGCAGGAAAUAUCCACAAAACAUGAAAGGAUUUGAUAGAGUUCUUUUGGAUGCUCCUUGUACAGGUACUGGAGUGGUGGCUAAAGAUCCUAGUGUUAAAACCAGCAAAGAUGAUGUGGACAUACAAAGAUGUUACAACCUUCAGAGAGAGUUACUUAUAGCCGCUAUUGACUGUGUCAAUGCCAAAUCUACCACUGGAGGAUAUAUCGUAUAUUCGACCUGUUCAAUAUUACCAGAAGAAAAUGAAUGGGUAAUUGAUUAUGCUCUAAGAAAACGUAAUGUUAAAUUAGUAGAUACAGGGCUCGACUUUGGAACAGAUGGCUUUGUAAACUACAGACACCACAGGUUUCAUCAAACACUUAAAUUAACGAAACGUUUCUAUCCACACACCCAUAAUAUGGAUGGGUUUUUUGUUGCUAAACUUAAGAAGUUUUCAGAUGUUAUUCCAAAAUCAGCUAGUAUUGAGAAUGAGGCAGAAGAUGAAACAGAAGAAGUGCCAGCAAACAACACAAUGUCUAUGGAAGUAAGUGAUGAAGAAAAUGAAGUAGAAGAAAAUGAAGUAGAAGAAAAUGAAGUAGAAAAACCUAAAAAGAAAUUAAAGGUUAAUGGUAAUGAUUCAGGAACACAUGGCAAUGAAAAGAAGCAAUCAAAGAAUAAAGAAAUGGAGAAAACAAAAAAUAAAAAACAGAAUAAGAAAAAAAGAUUAGUUGAAAUUACAGAUAAAAAGUCACAUAAUAAAAAUAAAAAGGAAAACACCGGAAAACUUAGUAAACGUGAAAAUUCUAGUACAAAAAGUAAAAAGAAAAACAAACAAACUAAUGAAUUUGAUGGAAAUAAUAAGCAAUCGACAGCAGAAAAAAUAAAAAGGAUAAAAAAGAAAAUUGACAAUUCUUUAGAAACGUCAACUAGUAGUAAUAUCCAAAAUAAUAAGCAAAGAUUAAAAAAACAUACUCCUAAAAAGAAAAAACUAGAAGAGAAUAAUUCAAAAAUAGCGACGAGUUCCAGUUCAGUAAACUGGAGUGAUGUUCCUGUUGAAGCUGCAACAAAAUUAGGCAAAAAACUGAAAAAGAAAAAUAAAAAAACGGUUGGACAGUUAAAGUUACACAAAAAGGAUAAGAAUAAAAAUAAAUUUCAAAAACAAAAAAUAAAUAAUAGGUGAAUUUUUGUGAAUUUUUUAAAUUAAUCUGUUC